UCUUUCUCCAUUUCCUCGCACGCGAGGGGAGACUUAUUUUCCACACACUAGUGGAACCAAAACCAUCGUCAUUUGCUGUCAACAUUCUUUGGCUGUUGCUUCAAAUUAUUCCUUUUCUUUUACUUUUCAAUUUUCUUUGCAUAUGAAGUUCUCACUUUACCUCCAGCAACUUUAAUUUGUGCCUCUCUGGGUAUUUGUAUAGCCUUAGUUCGAAGCUUAUUUGCUUGUUUAAAAGCCGCUUUUAGCUAGCUAUAUAUCUACCUCUCUGCACUUACCUGUAUCUGAAGCCAAAUCUUGUUGAGAAAAGAAAGGGAAAAGAAGUAGGUAAACUUCUCAAGGUUAUCUUUGUUUUUGAGAAGCAGCUGCUUAAUUUUUUUUUUCAGCUAUAGUGCUUUAAAUGUUCGAGAUUAACCGGCCGGCUGUUUGGUUUCUUUUUGUAAUAAACUGGGUUUCUGACACUUGAGCAACUGGGUAAGAUUAUACUGAUUAUUCUCUUACUAUUUUUUUUUGUCGAAAUUCUCUUACUACUUCAACGUGCAUCUUUUCUUUGCAUAGUGACAUAACAAGGCUUGACUUUUAUGAUAUAUUUAUGUAUGUAUAAAAUAGCAUCAUUUGUUGUCCGUGACUCCUUAUACGUUAUGUCAUUAGUACUUGUGGCUAUUCUAUGUCCAGGACUAAGUCUUGGGCUUGGCUCUUACUCUGAAUUUUCGUGCAUAAUUAACAUUCUCAAAUCAACUUGGCAUCUUCAGAAACAGACGGUAGCUCAAGUAAGUUACUUCUUGAUUUUUCUGGAAGUCUUUAUUUUGUGGAAGAGUUACGUGAUAAAAACACUGGAAUUGGGUUGCUGUGUGGAUGAUGGUAUGGUAUAGGAAUUAGUUAUUGUUUUGUGGAAGAGUUACAUGAUAAAAACACUGGAAUUAAUUUUUGUGAAAUGAGAAACAAAUUGGGUUGCUGUGUGGAUGAUGGCAUAGGGAUUAGCUUAUCUUGUUUCUUGAACGUUUUGUGGUGCUGGGAUCUGUGAUGGAGACACAGUCUGAGGUUUUUAAUUAUUUGUGGAUUCUCACUGAUCAUGAGCUGCUAAAUAGUUAUAACUAAAUUUCCUCACUUGUAUGUUUCUUUAAAGGGGAACUCAAAGUAUGUAUGAAUGUGUAGAUUGAGGACUAGCAGGAUGGGAAAUGAGGGUGCUCAUCACUCGGAACGUCCUUAUUACUGUACUAUUAAGGUUCAUACUUUGAUGUGCUCGGAACUGAAGAACUUCAUUGAUAGAAUAUCACAGAUAUAUUUGGCUAUUGAAUCUGCCAGACCACGAUGCAGUACAGGGCUACAGACAUUAUGCUAUUUGCAUGCUGCUAUGGAUAAAGCAAGACUACUCAUCCAGCACUGUUCCGAAAGUAGUAAACUCUACUUGGCAUUUCAAUCAGAUAGGAUACUCUGGAGAUGCGAAAACGUAAGAAAGGCUCUGGAUUUAUACUUAGGCCAAAUUCAAAAUAUGGUUCCAACAUUGCUGGCUGCCAAGAUAUCUGGAAUUGUGGAAGAUCUUAGGGGUGCGAAGUUUCAGCUAGAAUCUUCUGAAGUUGAGGCUGGAAAGGUUGUAAAAGAUUUGCUUAGGCAGGACAUGCCUGCAUCAGAUUCUAUAAACAAUGCAGAACUAGAGGCCCUUGAAUUUGCAGCUGUGAGACUGAAAAUUACAUCCCCUUUGGCUGUUUUGAUAGAAAAAAGAUCCAUCAAGAAACUACAAGAGAAAGUUCGUGAUACGGACCCAAAAAAGAAAAUCUUGGAGUUUUUCUUGUAUCUUUUGAGGAAAUAUGGAAGACAUAUUGGGCAAUGCCAAACCAAUGGUGGCUUUCGUCAGCAUGAGGAAUGCAAGACUCGAACUACUGACAAACCUGCUCCACCAGACCCGCCACUCGAAUUUAAGUGUCCAAUCUCUAUGAGACUAAUGUAUGACCCAGUAAUCAUUGAUUCUGGGAAAACGUAUGAACGAGUUUGGAUUGAGAAAUGGUUUGGUGAGGGGAAUGAUACAUGUCCAGUAACAAAUAUAAAACUGGACAAUUUAUACCUGACUGCAAAUGUUGUAAUGAAGGGCCUCAUUUCAAAGUGGUGUUCAGAUCAUGGGAUCAAUAUUUCUGAACCAUGUGCACAAACAAUUCCAGCUUCAGUUUCCUCAAAGAAGCUUUUAUCCCUUACAUCCAUUGCUAGCAUUGGCAGUUCUGUGAAUGAUUUGCGCCUUCAAGUUAGCAAUGUCUCACUUAGAUCUACAGAUACAAAUUGUGGAGCAGAUUUAGUAGAUGAUGAUAACAAUGCUAAUUUCAGUGUUGGACUCCCUCAAAUGAAUGCAGGUGCUUGUGUAAGUCAGUCAUCUAUAAGUGCCCAUAGCAUAAUUAGGAUGGCAUCGCUCUCCAAACUGGACUCACUUCCAUGGGAAUACCGGUGCAAGGCAGUGCAAGAUAUUAAAGAACAACUGAACAAAAAUGAGCAGGAAUGUGAUUGGCUAUUUAACAAUAGUUAUAUGAAGCUACUGAUUAAAUUUUUGAAGGAUGCGUAUGACUCUUCUGAUGAAAAAGCCCAGGAUGAUUUGGCAGAGGUGCUUUUGGCAAUUUUAAGUAAAAGCAGAUUUGGAUUGCCUCCCUUUGACGAAGAUGCAAUGUACAUGUUAGCAUCAUUUCUUGAUUCUAAAAUCACCAGCAAGGCUCUUGCUAUCAUGGAAGUGCUAUCAUGCCAACCAUCGUAUAAUUCUGGAAUUCUUGCAUCUGGAGUUCUACCUUCCAUCCUAAAAGUCCUUGAUGUGCAAAGUAGGGAGUUCCAUGAGGUUGCCAUGAAGAUACUCUGUAAUUUGUCCUGCAAGAGUGACAUAGCAUACCACAUUGUGUAUUUGGAUUGCAUCCCAAAGUUGGUUCCUUUUCUAUAUGAUCAGAGUCUUGCAGGAUAUUGCCUUAAUAUUAUGAAGUCCUUGUGUGAUAUUGAGGAAGGUAAGAAUGCAGUUGCUGAAACUAAUUCUUGCGUUGCUUCAAUUGUCACUCUUCUGGAAACUGGUAGCAAGCAUGAGCAAGAAACUGCAAUGGAAGUUCUACUGUCUCUAUGCUAUGAGCACAUUGAACAUUGUCAACAGAUCAUGGGAGAAGGUACUGUAAAAUCUUUGAUCAAUAUGUCUGUUAAUGGGAAUCCAAGAGUAAAGGUUAUUGCCUCAGAAUUGCUCCAGAUUUUGGGGCAUACAACAGAAGGUGAUGUCUCAAAUUGUUCUACAUUUAGUGCUGGCUUGAGCAUGGGCAUCUCCAGUGACUCUGGCAGUGGUAAUCAUAUUAAAGUGAAAAAAUCACCUUCCAAGGGAUUUGGAUAUCUGGGAAGAAAAAUUGCGAGACUUUUUCACCACAGUCGUUAGUGAGAAAUUGUCUACUGAGAGUUCAUGUGGUGGGAUUUUUUUUUUUUUAACAAAAUAGCAUAGAAUGUAACCAAGAAGUAGCUGUCAAACACUUACAUGAAUAUUGGAUGAGCGAUUACUUUCUGUUUGAUGUAGAAAAUUACCAUGUUUCUGCAUUUCUAGUGAGAAGCAAUUUUGCUAAUUUGAUAAUGUUUGGCUUUUUUUGAAUUA